CUGAGCCUUGAGACAGACUAACAUUUUCACUUCUUCACGCAAACCUGGUACGUUGUUCUCUCUCUCUCUCUUCUCAUCAACAUGAUUCGUCGACCUUCAAUCUAUGUUCCCACACUGUCACAAUCUAUGUUCUUUUCUUCAUCUUCUUCUCUAAUCGCUCUUCACGAUUCUCACUCCAAAUCCACUUUGAGCCCCUUUUACAAUCUCCUUCCUCCUACCCAGAACCCCAAUAACAUCGUCAACCUCAUCUCUUCCAUCCUCAAACACAAAAGUUCCAACCUUUCCCUUCUCCAUAGUAGUAAUAAUGACAUCAAAGGAAUUCUCCCCCACAUGGGUCCCCAUGAAAUCUCAAGGAUCCUUCUCAGAUGCCAGUCUGAUCACUCUUCAGUUCUUACCUUCUUCAAUUGGGUCAAAAAUGAUUUGAACAUCACACCAACUCUGCACAACUAUUGUGUAAUUGUUCACAUACUUGCUUGGUCUAGAGUGUUCUCUCAUGCCAUGAACUUGUUGUCUGAGUUGAUACAAUUGGUUGAGGUUGAGGGUGUUUGUGUUCCUCCAAAUGAUGGCAUUUAUGAGAAUCUCGUGGAGUGUACUGAGGAUUGUAAUUGGAACCCUGCGAUCUUUGAUAUGCUUAUCAAGGCUUAUGUGAAGGCUGGUAUGGUUGAGAAGGGUUUGGCUACUUUUAGGAGGAACAUUGAGGCUUGUUUUAUCCCCAAUGUGAUUGCUUGCAAUUGUCUGCUGAGUGGGUUGUCUAGGUUUAAUUAUAUUGGUCAGUGUUGGGCAGUGUAUGAGGAGAUGGGAAGACUUGGAAUACAUAGGAAUGCUUAUACUUUCAAUAUUAUGACCCAUGUUUUGUGCAAAGAUGGAGAUACUGAUAAGGUGACCAGAUUCCUGGAUAAGAUGGAGGAAGAAGGAUUUGAACCUGACUUGGUCACAUAUAACACGCUCGUUAAUAGCUAUUGUAAGAAGAGGAGGUUGGAGGAUGCAUUUUACCUGUACAAGAUCAUGUACAUUAGAGGCGUGAUGCCUAAUUUGAUUACACACACGGUCUUGAUGAAUGGCCUUUGCGAAGAAGGGAAGGUCAAGGAGGCUCAUCAACUUUUUCAUCAGAUGGUUCACAGAGGGAUUGAUCCAGACGUUGUGUCAUAUAAUACUCUUGUGUCUGGUUAUUGCAGAGAAGGCAAGAUGCAAAUGUGUAGAUCACUGUUGCAUGAAAUGAUAGGAAAUGGGAUUUGUCCUGACAGUGUCACCUGUCGGCUUAUAGUUGAAGGAUUUGCUAGGGAUGGAAAGCUGCUGUCAGCCUUGAAUACGGUUGUGGAGCUUAAGAGAUUUAGAAUUAAGAUUCCUGAAGAUUUAUAUGAUUAUCUUAUAGUUGCAUUGUGUAUUGAAGGUCGACCAUUUGCUGCUAGAAGUUUUCUGCUUAGGAUAUCUCAAGAUGGCUAUAUGCCUAAAAUAAACACUUACAAUAAACUGGUUGAGUCACUAUGUAAAUUCAAUAAUGUGGAAGAGGCAUUAAUUUUGAAAUCUGAGAUGGUAAAGAGGAGCAUGAUACUGAAUCUUGUUGCCUAUAGAGCUGUUAUAAGCUGCUUGUGUAGAGUAAACAGGACUUUGGAGGCUGAAGGUUUGUUGGAGGAAAUGGUUAGUUCAGGUAUUCUACCUGAUGUAGAAAUAAGCAGGGCAUUAAUAAAUGGGUAUUGUGAGGAAAAUAAGGUUGAUAAAGCUGUGUCAUUAUUGAAAUUCUUUGCCAAUGAAUUUCAAGUUUACGAUACUGAAAGCUACAAUGCAGUUGUUAAAGUCUUUUGUGAUGUUGGUAAUGUGGCCGAGUUGUUGGAGCUUCAGGAUAAGCUGCUCAAGGUGGGGUAUGUUUCAAAUAGGUUAACAUGCAAGUAUGUGAUCCAUGGAUUGCAGAAAGCUAUGGAACAAGAUGAUGAGAUGUUGGGUCACGAUAUGCUUGAAGUCUAAAUCUGUCCAAUAUAGGACUAUAUCCAAAAUCUUAUCUACCCAUUUAACAUGGCAUGGCAUAUAAGGAUCACUAUGCUGUGGAGGGAUUUCUCCUUGCAGAUAAUCUUCAGUUACUACAGUUUGCUUCUUGGGUAAUCUCCUUCCUUCAACACCAUUUAUGGUUCAAGGAACUUUUGGGGGUUGAUGGUGAUAGGAGUGUGAAGUUAAUUUGUGGCUUUUGGAUUUCAAAUACACCGAGGCCAAACUACCAAAUAUCUUUUUUCCCCUUGGUGGCAUUUGGUCAGGGGUCUUCCAGGUACUAUUGUACAUAUCAGAAGAGUGAUUGCUGUAUUAAGGUGCCUUUCUAGAGCUCCCAGGUUGCCAAGCUUGGAUUGGGGGUCAAGUAUUAGAUGUUGUAUGAGAUAUGAGGCCAAAGUUGCUGAGUUGUUACCAAAAAAUUCUGCUUGUAAGAAUGUGGAACUCUAAGGGAGGAAUGCAUAAUGUUUGCAAUUGCUCAUGCAAAUCAAUUUGAUUCACUGCUAACUUUUCAUGAUUAGCUAUCUGACUUUUCCAGGUUCAGGACACUUGAAAGAAAUUUGCAGUCAUGUCUGCUAAAUCAUCUAGCAGACCAACCUUGUAAAAGUGUAUUCAAACUUUAGGCUUGAGAAACUAUUUGGAGAUGUGAGUAAUCACUUGUCUUCCUUUACUUUAUACAAAGAGUCUAGUGCCUACUACAAAAGCUUGUUAUGUAUUUCAUGCUGGAAAGGUCUCCACAAGUGCUUAGAUGAAGAUUCUGUGGAUGCAUCUGGGUCAGCUAUGCCAUGUUGAGAGGUGCAUGGAGGUUAUGUUUAGCUUAUUUCCAGCUGAGCAAUCUUCUGAAAGUGUAGUAUCAGGGGAUGUAAGUUCUGUCGAGUUUAGCUUAUAGUAGAUUCUGUUUUCAAUUAUAACAAAAAUGAUAGAAGUUGUAUGGACAUGGAAGAUGUUUGGGAGAAUGUGAAAUGACGGUUUGUUUAUUUCAUUGAUUUAUGCAAUACUGCAAUCUAUGCUUGAAAGAAGGGAAAAAUUAGAAGAAUAUAAGUAGUACAGGGGAUUAGUGUCAAAACCCUCAUUUGACUAGGUGAUUGAAACAUAACAAUUUCUUAUUGGGAUGAUA